UCUGGGGUAUAUGACCACUAUGGAACAGCGCAGCCAAUGCCUCGCCACCGGAUUGGUAUUCUCACCAGCACGGUCCGAGGCCAGGCGUCGAUCUCGAGAAUACUUAUAAGUAAGUCAUGGCCCCGGGCAAGUGCAUCAGGUCACUCAGCUUUCCUCUCAAGCUCCCCGAGACGAACCAUCUUCCUUGUGUUGUGGUAUAAGAUCAAGAUCACAAAGUCUUUAUCACCAGUUUCUUGUCAUAUAUCCCCCUCGGCUUGAUUCAGGAUGCGGUACCUCUCAGUCCUUUCCCUCGGUCUGCUCUCUCUGGCCACGGCACUGCCAGCUGCCCAGCAAGUCGCCGCAGACACCUUUCCUGGCAAGAGCGGCACUCGUUUCACCAUCGAUGGCAAGGCCGGUUACUUCGCCGGCAGCAACAGCUACUGGAUCGGGUUCCUGACCAACAACGCCGAUGUCGACACCGUCAUGGACCACUUGAGCCAGUCCGGCAUGAAGAUCCUCCGUGUCUGGGGCUUCAACGAUGUCACUAGGGAUCCUGGUUCCGGUACUGUCUGGUACCAGAUGCUCUCUGCGUCCGGCUCUCAGAUCAACACGGGCGCCAACGGCCUUCAGAGGCUCGACUACGUGGUGAAGGCUGCCGAGAGCAAGGGCGUCAAGCUGAUCAUCAACUUUGUCAACUACUGGGACGACUACGGUGGCAUGAAUGCAUACGUCCAGGCAUUUGGCGGGUCGAAGACUGGCUGGUACACCAACGCCAAGGCCCAGGCGCAGUACCAGACGUACAUCAAGGCUGUGGUCAGCCGGUACAUCAACUCCCCCGCCAUCUUCGCGUGGGAGCUCGCGAAUGAGUCCAGGUGUUCCGGCUGCAGCACCGAUGUCAUUACCAAGUGGGCCACCACCACAUCCGCCUACAUCCGGAGCCUGGACCCGAACCACAUGAUUACCCUUGGCGACGAGGGCUUUGGCAUCCCUGGAGGGUCGAGCUAUCCAUAUGGGACGAGCGAAGGCGUCGACUUUGUCAAGAAUCUCGCCGUCAAGGAUCUGGAUUUCGGGACCCUGCAUAUGUAUCCCGGGAGCUGGGGCGUCGACAACAGCUUCGGGCCAGGAUGGAUCCAGGCCCACGCGAAGGCCUGCGCGGCCGCGGGCAAGCCGUGCCUCUUGGAAGAAUAUGGCGUCAGUUCAGACCAUUGCUCCGUCGAGAAGUCGUGGCAGGACGCCUCCCUGGCCCUGGCGACAAGCGGCAUGAGCGGGGAUCUCUUCUGGCAAUGGGGCGACUCGCUCAGCAGCGGGCGGACUUCCGACGACGGCAACACCAUCUACUACGGCUCGAGCGACGCCACGUGCCUGAUCACGAACCACGUGAAUGCCAUAAAGUCGGCGGGAGCCUGAUAGGUCUCCAGGGAGCUUGUAGGGAGAGAGAUGGGAUUCUGGGGGAGGGGUUCGCAAAUAGGCAAAUAGCCGCUUCAUUUCUAGCCGCGGGGUCGGAG